CUUUCAGCUCUCCACUCUUGUUUGUCAGGAUCUUCCAAUCCCUUCAUAUAAAUGCAUCAGACUAGCAUAUACUGAAACAUAGCAACCAAACCUUCACUAGCAACAAGAAAAAUACCCCACAAGUAGCUUACCAAGCCUAGAGAAAAGAAAGAUAUAGUAGAGAACUACACUCCACAAAGUUUACCAAACCUAGAGAAAAGGGAGAUAAUAGUAGAGAAGAGCUACUACACACAAAAAGUAAGUACAUAUGGCUAGGAAGAGAAGGGCUAGUGAAGUAGUGGGAGACAAAAAUUCUAGUGAGGGAAGCAUGGCUUGGGAUGAGAUGGUGAAGGAAGCUGCCGCAGCAGAAGCUCUACGUGGGGCAAGGAGAGCCCGAAAGAGAUUUGUUGGUGUCCGGCAAAGGCCAUCUGGUAGAUGGGUGGCUGAGAUUAAGGACACCAUACAAAAGAUAAGGGUGUGGUUAGGCACUUUUGAUACAGCUGAGGAAGCAGCCAGGGCUUAUGAUGAGGCUGCUUGCUUGCUUCGUGGUGCCAACACUCGGACAAACUUCUGGCCUUGUCCCUCAUCGUCAUCUUCAUCCCCAGCUCUCCCCUCAAAGAUUACUAACCUCCUCCUCCAAAGGCUGAAAGCAAGAAAUAACUCUUGCACUGCUUUGUCUAAUUCUUCCUUGCCCAUCAGCCUGCAAGAAAAGCAACAAACAGAAGUAUGCAGAGAAGAGGCUGCAGAGUUCCCAAAUGCAUCAUUCACGGAUUACCUUAACAAUCCUGAAGAUUAUUACACCAACUGCAACAACUUUGUAAAAAGUACUAAUGCAAAUGCUAGCCAUGAUUAUAUGACCACAAAUUUUGAAGCCUCUUUUACUGAAAAAGAAGACUGGGCGCAGAGAGAAAUGGACUUCGACUCUAAUAGGAGUUCCAAUGUAUCACAGACUUGUGGCGGUGAUUAUAAUUUUGGAGGGGAAAGAGAGGAAGAUGAAGAAGAAGCAGGCAGUGAGACUGGAAAGCUGGAUUUUCAAUUUGUUGAUACUGUUGGAACCUGCAGUUUCUAUUCUCCCUUUGAGUUUGCUGAAGAGAUUGAAGAACCGGUUGAACCAGAGAACUGCAUGGAUGAGCCAUCAAUGUUUAGAGCUGCCAUGAAGAGGAUGAAAUAUGAAAGAAAGGUCUCAGCUUCACUCUAUGCCUUUAAUGGGAUAUCAGAAUGCUUAAAGUUAAAGCUAACGUCAGGAAAUGCGUUAGGAAGAGAAAUGUCUGACCAAUUAACCAACCUACAAAAGGCGUGUAACAAGAACAAAGAGGCAAAAAAUGAAGAUGAUCAAGAAUAUGUGGAAGUGAUGAAGAGGAGGGAGGAUGAAAAUCCUGGAAGUUCAACUGAAAUGGGGUCUUCUUCCUCUUCUUUGAGCAAUGAUGGUGAAUUGUUGCUUUGGAGCUCACUUGAUCUUCAACCCAUAUGCUUUGUUAAUUGAUUGAUACGUUCUUCAUUUUAUA